AUGUUGUUCAGCUACCGCCAGAAAACUGGAGUCAUCGCUGCACGACACCGGAAGGAUCCGAAGACUGGUGCUCCAGUGGAACCAGAGUAUUUUGAAGAGGUGACCUUGUACUUCAGUGACAUUGUGGGCUUCACCACCAUCUCAGCCAUGAGUGAGCCCAUUGAGGUGGUCGACCUUCUGAAUGACCUGUACACCCUCUUCGAUGCCAUCAUCGGCUCCCAUGAUGUCUAUAAGGUGGAGACCAUUGGCGAUGCCUACAUGGUUGCUUCCGGGCUGCCCAAGCGCAACGGCAACCGGCACGCAGGUGAGAUCGCCAACAUGUCGCUGGAUAUCCUCAGCGCUGUCGGCACCUUCAAGAUGCGUCACAUGCCAGAAGUGCCAGUACGGAUCCGCAUCGGCCUGCACUCAGGGCCUUGCGUGGCUGGUGUGGUGGGGCUGACGAUGCCACGGUACUGUCUUUUUGGAGACACAGUCAACACCGCCUCACGGAUGGAGUCCACAGGACUGCCUUAUCGAAUCCACGUCAACAUCCGCACUGUUCAGAUCCUACAUGACCUCAAGGAGGGCUACAAGCUGGAUCUCCGAGGCAAGACGGAGCUCAAGGGAAAAGGCACUGAAGAGACAUUUUGGCUCACAGGCCGGGCGGGCUUCAACAAACCUAUCCCCACCCCCCCUGACCUACAGCCAGGGGCCAGCAACCACGGGAUAAGCAUGCACGAGAUCCCAGAAGACCGAAGGAAGAAGCUAGAGAAAGCACGCGGAGGGAAUGCGUAGCCAGAGA